CCUAGCUUGUGUGAUACCGUAUCGCUUUGCAGACAUUAGCGGUCAGUGCGUUGCAUUUCUUAGCAACUAGCGUGUUCCUAUAUACGUGGGCGGCGGGCGGAUUGUACUGUUAUCGCCCUUCAUCCAGCUUCUGUGGGAACUGUUGAUAUUCCCCUCCUCACAUCAUGGCCUAUUGUAGCCUUUCACGUCUGUUCCAAUCUAGAACACAGCGGGAGCCAAAUCUUCAAAACCCAGCGCGAAUAGUGAUACGCUCGCAAGCCUACCAAGACGAAGAGACAUGGCGAAGUGCCAUAAUCUCGUGCGAUACAACCUCAGACGACAACAUCAUUUCGCAUGAACUCGUUACCAAAGUCCUCUGUGCAUCCAUACAGUCGAUAGACAAAGAAUGUCAAGGCCCUUUGCGAACCCAGCGUUACGGCGAAAGUAUCAACGGCUAUGUUGAUUUAGCUUGGUGCUUGAAGAACAAUGAACACAGAACGCACAAAACUCGAUUUUUCGUUACCACGUCUAACAAUCCGCCGUAUGACGCAGUGCUAGGAAGAAGGGAUGCUGAGCAAUAUGGCAUAUCGAAACCGAGGAACAAACGUUAAAAUCAACAUCCGAUAAUCCAACGUUACACGUGAGCCAUUCAAUUUUGACAGUCGCUUUUAAUAUUCGCGCCCCUGGAUGGUUCUCCAAUACAUGGCAACACAUGGUACCCUACCUCCGAACAUACUUCACACAGCGUUCGACAUCA